AUGGCUUCCACGUCAUCAAUUGAAGCAAACCCGCCCACCGAGGUUACCAAUGCUUUCAACUCCCAAGAUUCAACAUACCAGGGACGACUUAGGUGUGCGCUUGGCCAGCAGCAACAGCCUAUUGAUGAAGAUCAUCAUACCGAGGCGACGAACGUCUUCAAAUCCAAGGAUGAAAUCUACCAGAAACGUCUAAACCAGGCCUUGCGCGUCCAAAGCAAUCUCGUUGGUGCCAUUGACCAAGGCCCAUCUAAGCACCACUUGUUGGCGACAACCGAGGAAAGUCAAGUGCUGAUCGCACCUGUCGGUCUCCCGCAGGUGAAUACACAAGCGCCGGCCAGUGAGUGGGUCGAGCUUAGCCAUGAAGGCAGUGAGACAAGCUUCGAACCAAGCAAGGUCCUGGUAUUUGAUCAGACCAUCAACGAUGUGGGCUGUGAUGUUUCCAUUAAGCCACCCGGGCGUAACUUUGCUAUCGCGGCUCGCAUUUAUUUUGAUCCCGCAAGGGACAAAGUGACCAUAGUCAACAAGAGUAAGCCAAAGCUUACUGUUAGCAAGGAUGGAGCCUCCAGCAUCAUUCUUUACGACACUUCAUCAGCAGAGCUCGACUCGGGAACGUGGCUGAUAUUUGCCUCCGAGAAGAGCUUCACCUUUACCACGAAGCUUCUUGUCCUGCCUCGACGAUUCUUCUCAUCUCAUGCGCAGUCUCUAACGCAGGACGAAGGAUCAUCCCAAGCCGGAUUAAAAAAGAGACCAAUCAUGGAAGCAAGCGGAGUCACGGUAGCGAAAAAAACAAAGGGGUUGUUUGCCAUAACCCACGCAUUGCCCUCUUCCGAAAUCGGGAUGGAAAUCGCUGCCAGAUCACACCCUGUGGGGGAUCUCAAAGUCGAGCAAACCGUCCAGCUUCUUGGGCCCAACCCGCGUGAUAACUAUUCUAUCAAGCGCAUAAAUACCCUGUCAGAUCGACGGCCGGCUUCGGUAUGGCAGGCAGCGGUUUCGACCUUCAAAGAGCCCGUUGUUGUCAAAGUCUUGGUUUGCACUGACGACCCUCGGAGAGCCGCAAAUAUGUGGUUGCAAGAAAUCAGGAUUCACUUAAAGGUUGGCUCCGACAAGCACCGAUUCAUUGCCCAGCUGCUUGCGUGGGACGCUCGUUCCCAUACUAUUAUCAUUGAGAACGUCCCAGCGCCAUCCCUCCGGGACAAAUUCUGGCUUGGCCCCGAUAACUUCUUUUCGGGUACUAUAAGUGAUGCCGAGCAAGUCAUGACCAAUAUGGUUGACGCGCUGGUAUGGAUGCAUGGCCGCGAAGUCGCUCACAAAGACAUCAAGCUUGAUAAUAUCCUAUUCAGUCGGGCCCGGGGAGCCGUCUUGCUCGAUUUCGGUCAAAGCAACGAUGAUUUAUCAAAAGAGGACGGGUUGAAAAGAGGUGGAACACCCUGGUAUCUCCCACCCGAGUUUCUUGAAACUUAUUCGCGUUGGCUACCUGGGGAUAUUUGGGCACUGGGAGUGGUGAUGCUGUAUUUGCUUCGCAAGUUGGAUUGCCCCGAGAGCUAUCCUGUUUGGUGGAUCAGCAACAUCGUAGAUGAAGUGGGCGAUGCUGCAGACAAAAUGUCGGAUUGGUUGAACACCGUCGCUGGAAAAAGGAGGUCUCUUGGGAGUGAAUUGAUGGACAGGCUUGUACGCCAAAUGACUGAGGAGGACCCGCGCAAGCGUGUUGUGAUUACCGGGCUUGAAGAGGCUUUAAAGUCCAAACGAAUGUUAUGA